AUGUUAGCAACAUGUAGUACUAUUUUACAAUUAUGGAAUAGUCAAGAUUAUUCACUUAUUAAUGAAUUUGGUCAUGAUCAUGUACCAUCAACUGAUAUUAUUAAAUCAGUUGAUUGGAAAAAAGAUAAUUCAAAUUAUCUUGUUUUUACAUAUAAACAAACAGGACGUGUACAAUUAUAUGAUAUACAAAAAAAUAAAUCUGUUGAACUUUCAACAACAAAAGCUCAAUGGUGUUCAUUUAGUACAUCAGGAAAAUAUUUAGGAAUAACAAAUGAAGAUUGUCAAGCACAAAUUUGGGAUGUUAAUUCAGGAAGAAUUGCACAAACAUUUAAUAGUGUUGAUCAAUCUCCAAUGGAAAGUAUAUGUUGGGGUAAUGGUGAUUCAUAUAUUGCUUGUGGUACGCGAAAAGGAAAUGUAUUUCUUUAUAAUCAAUUAACAAAACAAACAUUUGCUGCAUUUACAAUGAAACAUGGAAAUAAAUUAGGUCCGAUAUCAUCAAUAAAAUGGUCACCACAUAAAGAAUUAAUUGCAACAACAUCAAAUGAUGGUUUACUUUCAUUAUGGAAUUAUCGUUUAAAAGAAUUAAUUAUAUCAAUACAUUCACAUAAAGCUCCAGCAACUGAUUUAGCUUUUUCUCCACAUCAUGAUGCAUUUCUUGUUACAGCAGGAAUGGAUGGAUCAUUAUGUUGUUUCGAUGUUGUACAACAAAAAAUAUUAUCAACAAUAAGUAUCUAUGCCCCAUUAACAAGUGUAGAUUUUCAUCCAAAUGGUUCAUUAGUUGCUGUUGGAACAAUGGGUCAAAGUGCAUCUGUUUAUGAUUUACGUGAUCCAAAAACGAAAUUAGCACAUUUAGUUAAUUCUGAACAUGGAAAUGUUUAUUCAGUUAGAUUUGAAACGGCACAAUCAGCACCAACAACACCAACAACAACGACACCAACACCAACAUCAACUUUACAAAGGCCAACAACACUUUCACAAGAGACAAAUAAAGGAAUGAGUACAUUUGCUCAACAAACAACACGUUCUCGUCAUACAUCAUCAUCAUCAGUCCAAUCUACAACAACACCUGUUGAUAAUUCAUCAUCAUCAACAACAAUAAAUCGUACAUUUGGAACACAACCUCGAACAACACAAUCACGUGAACGAACUGUUUCAGCACUUUCAUCAGCAACAUUAUCAAAUAAAUCUAAUACACCUAUACUUACAUCGAAUAAUUCAACAACAAUUGAUGCAAGUUCAUUAUCUCCACGACAACAACGUAAUGAUCGUCCAGAACAGACACCCAAUUCAAGUAUUAGUAAUAAUGAUUGUAUGAGUUUUGACGAUUUUGCUCAAUUAUGUGGUAUUUCAUCUCGUGCUCCCAUUGAAAAUGGUCAUAAUCGAACAAAUGUGAAUUCGAAUGAAACUGAUGAAUCAUUAAAAUUAAUGUUAGAUAAUCGAGUUAAUUGUUUACGUGAAGAUUUUAAAGACGAUCUUAAUCGAACAAAACUUUCAAUGCAAAUGAAUUUUAUUGUUGAAUUAGAACGACUUAGAAAUGAUUUAAUGAAACAAAUUGAAUCUCAUUCAUUAAAUGCUCAAUUAAUCGAUGAAAUCGAACGUCUUAGAACAGAAAAUAAACGAUUACGUCAGUUACAACCACGACUUUAA